CGGCGGAGGAGGCGGAGACGCGGGGCAGGCGGCGGCCGGAGAGCGCGGCGGGCGGACCGGGGCCAUGGCGCCCGCGCAGCGCCCGUGGUUCCCGCUCCUGCUGCUCCUGCUGCCGCUGCCGCCGCCGCCACCCUGCGCGCGCGCCGAGGACGCCGCCCGCGCCAACGCCGACCGCUACGCCGUCUACUGGAACCGCAGCAACCCCAGGUUCCACAUGGGCGCGCCGGGCGACAGCAGUGGCUACACGGUGGAGGUGAGCAUCAACGACUACCUGGACAUCUACUGCCCACACUACGGGGCGCCCCUACCGCCCGCCGAGCGCAUGGAGCACUACGUCCUCUACAUGGUCAACGGCGAGGGCCACGCGUCCUGCGACCACCGGCAGCGCGGCUUCAAGCGCUGGGAGUGCAACCGGCCGGCCGCGCCCGGCGGGCCGCUCAAGUUCUCCGAGAAGUUCCAGCUCUUCACGCCCUUCUCGCUGGGCUUUGAGUUCCGCCCGGGCCACGAGUACUACUACAUCUCCGCCACGCCUCCUAACGCCGUGGACUGGCCCUGCUUGCGGCUGAAGGUGUACGUGCGGCCGACCAACGAGACCCUGUACGAGGCCCCGGAACCGAUCUUCACCAGCAAUAACUCGUGCAGCGGCCUGGGCGGCUGCCGCCUCUUCCUGAGCGCCGUCUCGGUGCUGUGGACCCUCCUGGGCUCCUAGUUCUGGCCCGAGUGGACGCCUGCCCUGGGCCCUCGCCACCCCGCCGUGGCCGCCUCCGAGACCAAAUAGAGACGCUGCUCUCCCGGCCGGGCGGGGUGUCGGGAGGCGCCCGCCCCUCUGGGUGACUCCGUGUGUUGGGUUUGUUUUUUUGUUUUUGUUUUUUUUUUUUGUUUUUGUUUUUGUUUUUUUUGGAUUUUGUUUGUUCGUCGUUUUUUAGUGUAUUUUUCAUGGUUGGAUCAGAAAGACUUGAGUUUUUAAUUUAAUUUAUUCCCCGCGGUCUCCAGCGACUUUGGAAAGGAAUUUGUCGGUGUCUUCUGGCCCCUCCAGUCAGGGGAGCCCAGGACUUCAGGCCGAGUCCCAUCUCUGCUCUGUGCUCCCAGUUCGCAGGUCCCGGCUGGAGCCCCCUGCGGACCCUCAGGUGCCCGGGGACAGGUGUGUGGUGCCAACCCCUCCGGUGUCCCAGGAGGCGGCAUCCUCUGGCCUCAGCCUCCCCACUCCUGGGCGGUUUGCUUCUAGCCUCCGUGGCCUGCCAUUCCGAACAUCUCGGCCUGUGCAAACAGGCUCUCACGCGGCCCCUCUGCCCAACUGAGAAGACAGACAUUAUAUUUCUGUAAAUAGAGCCAGCAAGUAUAAUAUACUGUGAUUUAUUUUUAAUGUAUUCCUGAGGAUGGACUGGAAAGGUUUUUUUUUUUUUAAAGCCCUUUGUCAGGGUCUUUUAUUUUGGCGGGGGGAUGGGAGGGUUACUUUUUAGAAUAGAAGCAACACUUGGCAAUAAGCUCGUUUUGUCUGUCAGAAGCCCCCUCCCUCCACUCUCUGGCCUAAUAAUGUUUCUAAAGGGAAAAAAAAAUGGACAGAAAAAAACGGAGGGGGGACUGCUACCGAAAACAGCGACCCCUCCCUGAAGACAACCUAAUGAAGGAAACAGCCCAUUUAUACAGAUUUCAUAUUUCUACCCGCCUUUCCUGACUGUGUUUUAUAUAUAUUAUAAUAUAAAUAUAUAUUGUGUACAGCCGCCGGGGGAUGCCCAUGCCUGAUGGGGUGCGGGGCGUCGGGGGCUUUUGUAGGGGCCGUGGGGCGGGCCGUGGGGCCACGCCUGGGGCUGGCACUGGGGCUCCCACCCAUCACAA